UGAGCCAAAAUGGGGAGCACCAGCACCGCCGCCGCCGCCGCCGCCGUGCACGACUGAGUGUGUUUGUUUUUUAUUUUGAAGAGUUUAUUACACACACGCUGACCAUCACACAGCUUUCCCAUCUCUCCAUGCGGAAACCCGGCGCAUUAAUCCGUAUGAACAUGUGAACGCGUUGCGCUUAAUGUGUGAAUGUUCCACAAAACUCCGUCGGGAAACAGCGUGAGUCCUGAGCCCGUCGCGGGAGGAUGGACGGACGCUACAUGGGUUCGGGCUUCACGGAGCGGCGUGCCACAUCAGGCGACACCGCGGAUUGGGCCUACAGCAACCCGGCCAGCUCCAGUUAUGGUGCGACUCACAUAGAGACGGAGCUUCCACAACGGCAAUCCUACGCCUCAAGUCAUACUCUCACUACCUACACCACCUCUCAACACCCCACAGGUGUGUCUGGUGUCUUUGAUACCGGUCUGCACACUACAGGAGGCAGCACUGCUGAAUCGCCAGUCAUGAAUUUCAUCACUUCCAUUGAAUCCCGAGGCCUUCAGGCUGGACCUGGAGCCACAUCUUUACUUCCCCAGUUCAGGACUUCACCAUGGCAGACUGGCACAAAUUCUUCAACAGAGCUUUUUCUUACUGGAGCUCUCCCUUCUUCUGGAACAUUUCCUACCCUAUCAGCUCUUUCUUCCUACCAGCACCCCGGCACCUUUCCCACUCGGAGUUUUGCUACCACAUCAGCAUUAACUGUACAGCACACUACAUUUAGCCCUUCAAAUGGCCUGCUUUCACCUAAUGAUCCUCUACUUCAGAUCAAAUCUUCUCAAACCACUGUGCCAACAGCUUUUGCCUUUGAUCGCCUGGGUGGUGCUGCCUUGGGUUCAAGCCUUCCAAUCCAGUCAUCCACAUAUCGUUCAGCCCAGGAGUCUGCACCACAUCUCCUCCAGCCACAAUUCAGCCUUCUACCCUCUCCUUUGAGUAACUCUCAGCAGAUUCUGCCACCUUAUGGAGCCCCGAUUUUUUCCAGUUCCAUCGAACGAGCACUUCAGCGUGAAUGUAGUGUCAUCAAGCACCAUCAGCGGCCUUCCAGCACCCAGCCAGUCCAGCAGCAGCUGUCUGUCAGUGCACAACACUCUUUGCAAGAUUACCUACCUGAAGAUACUGAUGUCUCCUUCCAGGAUCCUUCUCGUCAUACACCAGUUCCAAACAGCCCUAACGGAAUUCCCAAUCAGGCCAUUAAUAGCACCUCUCAGCAGAAGACUCCCACAGUGCAGCUGCGACAAACACAUUCCUCGUCUUUACCCUCCUCAGGGUUUUCCUCCACAUGUGGAACGAAAGCCAAGGAUGAGUCAAACGAAACAGCAGAGGAUCUUGGAGAGGGCUCAGAGUUGCAUGAUCAGGCAGCCUCAUCACCCAUGCAACAGCAUAGGUAUGCUUCCACAAGCCAGAAACAGAGUUCUGUGAUUGCUAGCCAGUCACAGCCGGCACAGCUUUCCAGUUUGAUGUCCGUUAGCCCUUCACAGACAUACAUUACAUCUCAAAGUCUCAUGGGCAAUCUCAGUGAACCACAAGCCUUCUCUCCCAAUCAGUCAGAGAAACUACCUUCUAUAUACAAAACGUUGCCAUUGUUGGCUGCUCAAUCAGAAACUGAGACAUCUGUAAGCCACUCUCAUAUGUACGCUUCUGGCCAAAAGCACAUAAUGGCUUCAGCGUCAAACAGAGAGGAGUAUGAUGAGCAGGCGCAAAGACUUUGUAUGGGCAAUGCCUCUCACAGUUAUUCUUCCAGUCACUCUCAGAGUUUGUCCACUGUCAGUUAUUAUGCCCAGGUACCAGAAUCUGUUAGUCCCUCUCAGAGCUAUGCAUCAGGUCAGUCUCUCACACCAAGUCCUCCUUUCUCUUCCUCCUAUGGCCACAGCUUACCAUCCAGUAAUUCCACCCAAGAUUACAACCUAAUGCAGCCUUCUCCAAGCAAGACAGAUGGUAUGCUGCUGCAGCAGACUCAGAAAUACUUGCUUCCUGAGCAGUCUUCAUCCUCCACUGCCACUUAUACACAAGCCAUCCAGAACAACCAGUCCUCAGUAGAUCAAAACCCAGCCUAUGGCAAAAAGAAAGAAGAUGAGAGCCUGUUCCUUACCUCCAAAGAAAACUGUGGAGAGCUUCCUAUUCAUAAUAUGCAGGCAUUACAACAGGCUUCAAUCAGUAGUUCUACCCAGACUGUCGCAAACAGUGUCGUUGGGGUACAGAGCAAUGUGGUAUAUGUUGUUUCAAAAUUGGAAGACAGACAUGCACAUAGCGUGAUCCGAAGCAACUCUCGAUCCGACGAUCAGUUAAUAGGCCUUGCACCAAUGUCCUCCACGAAGGAUGAGAGAAUGAGUACUUUAAUUGGGCAGUUGGUAAGCCCUGCCCAUUCUCAUGUAAGCUCUGGCACAAAAAACAGCUCUACAUUGAUGCAGUCCUCCCAUAUAGCCUUGAGCACUGACCAGCUGAAAGAACACCCUGUGCUUCUCAAAGUUCCUACUGUUCAGCAAGAGGACCAGCAAACUCAGAGUAACCACGGCGAUCAGAGGCAGUUGCCACAGGAACAGCCACAGUUUGUUCAGCUACCUAGUGCCCAAGUCUUACUGGAGCCUUCACAGAUGAUCCUUCUUCAAAAACCUUUGCUCCACACAGGGUCAAAUCAGUCUAAGCCAGUCCAAAUGCAACCAGUUUCAGUUCAGUUCCUGCAGAUGAAUAAUGAAAUCCUGAACUCUACAGUCAGUACGAUUGAGAUUCCACAGAUAAGCCACCAAGCUGUGGAGUCCAUGAAGCAACACCUGGUACAAAAGGACAGUUUUAACAAUGCGACACAUCAGCAUGAUUCUAAGCAGCACUUUACCUUAAGUUCCAUCUGCUUCCCUGAUUCCAUGCUAAUGGCAGAUGAGAGGAACAUUCUGUCCAAUGUGGAUGACAUCCUAGCUGCCACAGCAGCUGCCUGUGGAGUCACGCCACAGGACUUUAAAACCUCGUCUUCUGAAGCGGACUUGGCGUCGAUAUCCAGCCCUUCAGACUCUAAGUGCCACUAUGAGGUAGUUAAUAAUAACAAGCAUGAAGCUAAUAGUUUCUCUUCACAGCAUUUGAUCUCAAGCACACAGACCCUUUCUUUGUCUGUAAAUGGUGGACAGAUAACAACAGACAUGCACAAAGAAGUCGAAGGGCACCAAGCAUUUACACCGACAAACUCUCACACACAGCGAAACAACUCGAAGCAUGAAAUAUCCGAGAAGGUGACGAAUAAUCACAAGAAAAACGAGGUAUUACCCAAGGGACUUACUAGCAAUGAUUCAUCUCUGAAUUCUGAUGGAGGUACUAUAAACACGUUUGACAACAACCACACAGACUUUCACCUAACCUCCCAGGAAUAUAACACUACUAGCUUUGAAAAAACAGACGCCAUAUCAAAAAAUAAGAUUCAGCCGAAAGUAGUGAAGAGUGUUAAGGUGGAGGAAAAGUUUGCGGAAUGCUCCUCCGAUGGUCUUGCUAAGAAGCGCGCCAGGUCAAAAGCUUUUUCCAAGCAAGCUAGCGAAGAUGAAAAUGGUCAGCCUAAAUCUCAAAAAAGAUGUGGUCAAGUCAAGCGACAGAACUCCAAAGGAAGUGAGACAAGUUCAUCCUCUACCUCUGAGGGCUGUAUUGAUAGCUACCAGCAACAGGAAAGAAUCCGGCAAAAAAUAAGAGAGGUCGAAGAAAAACAGCCCGAAGUUAAAACUGGGUUCAUUGGAUCUUUCCUGGACUUUCUUAAAUCUGGACCUAAGCAACAGUUCUCCUCUCCACCCAUACGGUCACCCAACCGCGCAAGAAAGUCUUCAGUUCCCAAAAGACCUUUGAAUCAAUUGUCACUGCCCCCUAAACCCAUACCCUCAUCAACGCCAAUGGUUUCACCAGACAUCAAUACUGUUAGCUCUUCUAAGAGACUGGAUGAGGACCUUCAGAAGAACUUGGAGACACUUCCAUCUUUCUCCUCAGACGAGGAUGAAUCAGUUGGUAAAAACCAAGAUCUUCAAAAAAGCAUUAGUUCUGCACUCUCCUCUCUGGACGAACCCUCAGACAAGCAACAGUCAGUCAGCAAAGGUUCCGGUGACAGCACAAGUCAAGAGCCGUCUGCAAAUACAAAGCUAGUAAGCACACAGUCUGCGGAUACAAAGCUAAAGGAGCAGCAAAACCCUUUGUUUAAUGAAGUGCCAGUGGAGGAGCUGGUGAAGAACAUGCCUCCUGGCAAACUCGCGGUUUGCCUAACCACAGUAGCUAUUGAAGGCCUCACGGAUGAGGAACUGUCAGACAGUGGCGAGGAGGGCAUGUACCGAGAACGUGACGAGUUUGUGGUGAAAAAUGAGGACAUAGAAAGCCUGCAGGUCACCCUGAAGGCAGGAAUAGAACCUCCAGCCAUUUGGAAGGUGCAAAAGGCCUUGCUGCAGAAAUUCAUACCCGAGCUGAGAGAUGGAAAACGAGUGUUUUCUGCUACCAACAGUUAUCUGGGUUACUUUGGAGAUGCUAAGACCAUGUACCGGAGAGUAUAUGUGAAGUUUCUGGACACUGUGAACAAGCGGGAGUACGUGCGAGUCUGCAACAGAAAACCAAGGUGCAAGCCCAUGCAUUCCAUUAGAGGCUCCCAGAAGGCUCUGCUGGCCCAGAGAGCUGCAGCACCAGCCGCUUCUGACUCCUCUGUUCUGAAAUCCAGCACAAAGCAAAGCCUGUCCAAACCCAGACCAAAGCAGCCAAAAGCCAAGGCUGAACCUCCCCCAAAAAAGAGAAAGAAAUGGAAGGAGGAGUUCACAGACUCAACACAGUUGGCUUCUCCAGAAGCUGUUGGUGACGAUGAUGAGUUUAUACCUCCGGUCCCGUUCGCCUCACGCUUCCUCAACACCAGGACAAUGAAGGAGACCUUCAAGAGUUUCGUGGAGCUGCUGAUCAGCGUCGCUCUGGACGCAGACGUCAUGAUCACACUGGAGAGAGAGAAUGAUGAACUUCUGCUGCCUCAUAUGAAGAGAGUGGACGGCAUGAUCACAGACAACCGGAGGAGGCUGCUGCCCAAACUGCGAGUGGGUCAGGUGUUUAAAAACGCUUUAGACAGCUUUCCCGAGUUGUCAGUGGUGACAGAGCUGAAAACAGACGGAGAGACUCCUACUUUUAAAGUCAGACUGAGUGGGAAAGCGUACAACAGGAAGACUAUGAAACCUGCUAAAUCCCCUAUUAAACUUCCCUUGGAGUACGCAGUGGAGCAGCAGAAAGCGCAUUGGUUUUCUCUCUAUCAUUCCCUUCAGCACUACAAGUACCACACAUAUCUGAUGUGUAUGGACGAGAUUGCACUGUUGCGCUCACGUGGCAUGGAUCUGGGACAGGAGGAGACGGUGCAGACCUGCAUGGGGAACCGAGCGUGGGUGGAGGGCCUGUUUGACCGCUUCGGAGAGCUUCUCACACAGGUGCAGCAGGCCUGCUUUUAACCAGACGGUACAGCAGUAGAACAAGUGGAUGGGCCCUUUCUAAAGCACUAGAUGGAGAUGGUGAAACCCCAGAAGAUGGAGCAGCACCAGACACCUGAGAAUCAUGUGAGAAGACGAGGAGAGGUAAUAAAAGCUGGAGAACCAUCCGAAGGUGGAAAACUUUAAACUAUGAGAAGAUGUAGAAAAUGGUGAACCUCAGAAUCAUGAAAGGAUGGAAAAACCCAGAGAGGAUAAAGAACCAUGAGUGUAAAUGUUAGAAGAUGGAGAAUCAAGGUGCUGGAGCAUUAGACUGAGAAGCAUUAAACAAGGACGGUUCACACCAUCAGAAAAUGAAAAAACAUCAAGGAGACUGUAUUAUGAUCAGGAGCCAGAAGGAAAAAUUGGGAAUAGUGAAGAGGUUAUGAAACGGAUGAGAAGAUUUUAUACAAAGAACAACCGCCGAACCUGGGUAUCUAUUCCUGGAACCACAGACACAACAGAUUUUAGUCAUUUUUUUAAAAAAAAAGUCACAUUUUAAGCUAUUUUUUAUUAUCGUCUAUUCGGCCAAGCUGGACAGAGGUGACGCAACAUCCGGCGGAUUUUCUCUCUCCGUCACGAAUGUCACGAAUGUGUGGAACCGGGCCGGUUUACUCUGAGAUUUUGCAACACUAAUUUUUUUAAUAGGAACAACAUUCGAAAUUGGAGAAGGAGGGGUCCUAAUGAUUGUAUAAAUAUAUAAAUACAUAGAUCUAUAUGUAAAAACUUUCUAUAUGAUAGUGUACAUUUUGUAAAGAGAGCUCUUUGGAUGGAUUUGACGCCUUUUUAAGCUCCUUUUAUAUGACAGAGGUUAUAAAGAUGGAGUCGGUGCAAUUCUAAUACUUCGUUUUGGGAUGAUGUUGUAAUACACAGCAUUGGAACUAUUUUCUUGCAGGAAACUAUAUUUGAUAGUCUCUCCGAAAACCCUUUAUCUUAAACUUUUUGCUUUCUUUCCCCCCCCCCCCCCCACACACAAAGGAAAUCGUACUUUUUCCUGAUCAUCUUUGCGGUACACUCUGUUUUAUAAAAGAGCUGCCCGGUGUGUUUAUAAGGCAAAUUUCUAUCCUCGACCUAAGUGCGUGACUUAAGAUCACUUCUUUACUGUAGAAUAUUAAAUUUGCCGCAGUUUUGCACAGAUUACGACGCUUUCGCUUUUCAACUGUAGCUGUGAUACAACCUGCGAGUAUUUUUUGAUAUGCGAAAAAAAAAUAAAUUUCCUA